GACUGUUUGACUGGAAUGACAACGGAACCUCCACAGGUGGGGCAGUUAGUCAACUGUCAAACAAAGUUUCAGAGACACAAAUAUAGGAUCCAGGCCAACACUGAAAUCAAAAACUUGGCUAGCACCACAGGUAUGCAAGAACUGUCAGUGAGGAAAGAAGAUAUUCUACCUGAACAGCAGGAGUGGAAUCUGAGUCCGCCACAGGAAGACCCAAAGCUCCCAAACAUUAAAGAAGAAGGACAGAAACUGUGGCCAAGUCAGGAGGAAGAGCAGCUACACCAGCUGGAGCAGGCUGAUUUCACCAAGCUCCUUUUCACUGUUGUCCCAGUGAAGAUUGAAAAUGAGGAUGAAAAACCGCAUUCAUCACAGCUUUGUCAAAGCCAAACUGAUGACCACACAGAGGCAGAACCUGUAGCCAGCAACACAACUGAACACAUUACACUCAGAAUAAAAGCUGAUGUAGAGGACUGUGGAGGAUUACAACCAGCAAGUUACUCAAAUCCAUGUCAUCAUUUACAACCAGCUACUGAUGGCAGGAGUUCAGGCUGUUCUGAAACUGAGACUGAUGACAGUUAUGAGUGGAAGCAGUCCAAGGAACCUCACUCAGACUUUAACUGUCUGAAAACUGGUCAUGUCUCUGUCAGCGAUGACCCAUGUGCCAUUGUUAAGAAACAGUUUAACUGCUCUGUAUGCCAAAAAAUAUUUUGUCAGCCAAACAUUUUCAGACAAAACAAGACCACACAAGCAAGUGAAAAACCAAUAACUUGCCUUGAAUGUGGAAGAAGGCAGAGACAAGUUGUCCAUCUAAACACUCAGAUGGGACGUCAGAGAGAAGAGAAACCUUUUGGGUGUUUGGAGUGUGGAAAAAGUUAUACAGAAAAACGUAGCUUAAAAAGACACAUGCGAAUUCAUACAGAAGAGAAACCAUUUGUCUGUGCAGAUUGUGGUAGAAGAUUUACAGAAAAGGGAAGUCUAAACAGACAUAUGAGAAUUCAUACAGGAGAAAAACCUUUUGGCUGUACAGAUUGUGGUAAAAGAUUUAGAGAAAAUCGUAAUUUGAGCAAUCACAUGAAAAUUCAUACAGGAGAGAAACCAUUUAGUUGUUCUAAUUGUGGUGAAAAAUUUAGAGAAAAGUGUAUUCUGAAAACACACAUGGCCAUUCAUACAGGAGAGAAACCAUUUGGCUGUCUUGAGUGUGGUAAAACAUUUACAGAAAGGCGUAAUUUGAGAAGUCAUAUGAGAAGUCAUACUCGAGAUAAACCAUUUGACUGUUCUGACUGUGGUAAAAGAUUUAGACACAAAAGUAAUCUAAAAACACACAUGAGCAUUCAUACGGGACAGAAGCCAUUUGGCUGCUCUUACUGUGGGAAAAUAUUUAGACAGAAGGGCAACCUUAUUUCACACAUGAAUCUUCAUACAGGAGAGAAACCCUUUGUCUGUUCAUAUUGUGGUAAAAGAUUUGGACACAAGGGUAAUCUGAUUACACAUAUGAGCACUCAUACAGGAGAGAGACCCUUUGGUUGUUCAUAUUGUGGUAAAAGAUUUGGUAAAAGGAGCAACCUUAACAUACACAAGAUAAUUCAUACAGAAGAGAAACCCUUCAGCUGUUCUUACUGUGGUAAAACCUUUAGACAAAAGAGUGUCCUGAACACACACUUGAGGGGCCCAUUGCACUCUGUAAAAAAGAAAUUGAAGAGUUUUUAAAAUAAACCAUUUGGGUGUUCUUGUGGAAAAACAUUUAGACAAAAGAGUCAUCUGAAAACACACGAGCAUUCAUAUAGGAGAGAGCAUACUGGACAGUACUUAAAGAAAUUUAGUCAUGAAAGUCAUGAAAAAGGUAGCACAACAUAAGACAUUACCUGAGCAGAUCUUAGUCAUCAAACUGGCAAAAAACUUUGGCGGAGAACUCUUAUUAGAGAGAGAAAGCAACAAUCUGACACCUGCAACAAAACCUGCAAGACAGACCAGGGAAAAAUACAGCAAAAAAUAACAACAUGGAGUGGACAUGGAAACGGCACAAAAGGGCUGGAUGAUUCCAAGGAGAACUUGAAAAGGGAAUACAUUGACAAUGUUGGGUCAGUGCAGUGGCUGAAAAAUGGAGAACUUGGUUUUGAUGGAGAAAGAACUCUAGGUGGAGCACAAGAUCAAGAACUUUAACAAAUGGCUUCAAAAAAUGGCAGGGAUCUCACAAAAUGAUAAAUGCUGAUUCCGUCAUACAGCUGUUGAGAGUGUAAAUCAUCUAACAAAAGCAUGCCAGAGCCUCAUGGCAGAUGGACAUUAUACAUCCUGACACAAUAAGAUCUGUUAAUAUCGCCACUGGAAAGUAUGCAAGGAACUGGAGGUGGAAGUAAAGGAAAACAUUUGGGAACAUUAGCCAGCACCAAUCUCAUCCAGUGGAAAAGUAACUAUCUUCUAUGACAGAGAUCCCAGCAGGAAGACAUAUCAAAGGAGGUGCAAUAAAGCCUGAUAUUGUCAUCUGGAACA